UCCCGGAGUAGGACAGACACACAGCAUGGGGAGCUGAGCGCGGUGCCAGCAGUCACCUAUGGGAGACCCGGAGUGCGACUGAGCCGAGCUGCCCGAGGCCUGGGACCGCUACACGCAGGCCUCAGAGAAAUCCGGACAAAGAAGGUUAUGGAGCUGACCAUCCAGUAAUGGAGAGGCACGUCAUGGUGUUUAGUGUAAAGCUGAAAGGCAAGUUUACCAGUCGACGCUAAUGAACCUGUACUUUGGAUGCUUUGCCUGAAGUGUAGCACAGGUCUGUACUGUUACAUUUCCAACACUGAGAUUUCAACAUUAAAACCAAGACCAGAGACCUUUUGUACCAGUGUGAUGGUGCAAUGAAAUGAGGCUCCGAAAUGGAACUGUGGCCACCGCAUUAGUAUUUGUCACAACUUUCCUCAGCCUUUCCUGGUAUACAGCCUGGCAAAAUGGGAAAGAGAAGUUGAUUGCUUACCAGCGGGAAUUUCAUACAUUAAAGGAACGCUUGCGUAUUGCUGAACACAGAACCUUACAGCGCUCCUCAGAGCUUCAUGCUAUUCUGGAGCACUUUCGGAGGGUGGUAGCUGAAGCAAAUGGAAGCAGAGAUGCACUAAGUAACUUUUCAGAUGAAACUCAGAAAUUGUUAAAGGAUUUAACAAACAGAAAAUCUCUUCAAGUGCCAAAUAUAUACUACCAUAUGCCUCAUUUAUUAAACCAUGAAGGAAGCCUUCAGCCUGCUGUGCAGGUUGGCGCUGGGAGAACGGGAGUGUCUAUUGUGAUGGGGAUUCCUACUGUCAAACGAAAAGUUAAGUCUUAUUUGACUGAGACUCUACAUUCCCUGAUUGAUAAACUGUCUCCAGAGGAAAAACUAGACUGUGUUAUAAUAGUCUUCAUUGGAGAGACAGAUAUUGAAUAUGUACAAAAUGUAGUAGGAAGCUUGGAAAAAGAAUUCUCAACAGAAAUCAGCUCUGGUUUAAUAGAAGUAAUCUCCCCUCCUGCUACAUAUUAUCCUGACUUGUCUAAUUUAAAGGAGACAUUUGGAGACUCGAAGGAGAGAGUGCUAUGGCGAACAAAGCAAAAUUUAGACUAUUGUUUUCUUAUGAUGUAUGCUCAGAGAAAGGGUAUUUAUUACAUACAGCUUGAAGAUGAUAUUGUUGCAAAGCAGGCUUAUUUUAAUACAAUAAAGAAUUUUGCACUUCAGCUGGCUACAGAAGAUUGGAUGAUUCUGGAAUUUUCUCAGUUAGGAUUCAUUGGUAAAAUGUUCCAAGCUCCUGAUAUCACACUCAUUGUUGAAUUCAUUUUCAUGUUCUAUAAAGAGAAGCCUAUAGAUUGGCUUUUGGAUCAUAUAUUAUGGGUAAAGGUCUGCAAUCCUGAAAAAGAUGCAAAACAUUGUGAUAGACAGAAAUCGAAUCUGCGAAUCCGUUUCAGGCCUUCCCUUUUCCAGCAUGUUGGUCUACACUCUUCAUUGGCAGGAAAAAUACAGAAGCUUACUGAUAAAGACUUCCUGAAACCAUUGUUGCAUAAAAUUCAUGUGAAUCCGCCAGCUGAAGUUUCUACGUCCUUAAAAGUCUAUCAAGGCCACACACUGGAGAAGACAUAUCUGGGUGAAGAUUUCUUCUGGGCCAUAACACCAAUGGCUGGAGACUACAUCCUCUUUAAGUUUGACAAGCCAAUGAACGUAGAAAGCUAUCUGUUUCGGAGUGGAAACCCUGAACACCCUGAAGAUUUGUUGCUUAAUACUACAGUAGAGGUCUUGCCGCUCAUGAAAGAAGGUUUGGAGCCAAGUACCAAAGAUAGGCACUUACCAGAUGGCUUCAUCAGAAUAGGUAAAUUUGAAGAUGGAGUGGCAGAAGGAAUGGUAGAUUUGAGUCUAAACCCCAUUUCAGCUUUUCGACUUUCAGUUUUGCAGAACUCUGCUGUAUGGGUCAUUCUGAAUGAGAUCCAUAUCAAGAAAAUACAAAGUGACUGAUACUCUUAUCCCAGGAGAAGAUAGAAUUUAAAAGAACCAUCUUAGAAAUGUGGCCUGACGUUCCCUGUUGUCCGCACUGCCUGCUGGCAUUCCGUGCAUGCACCUUAACUUCAUUUGGGUUUUGUUUAUUUUCCAUUCUACCUCUGUGAAUUUUACUGUAGCUAAAGAUUGGUGCAGACUGUGUGAAAAUCACUUUACUCAAGAUAAACUGCUUACACCUUCAGCACAAACUAUUUCCAACUAAUCUUUAUUCUGUUUCGGUUUUUUUUUGUUUUGUUUUUUAAUGAGUAGGAUAUUGUGCACAUUCCGUGAUAACAAGAAAAAGAAGUGCAUUUUGUGCAGAUUUUUUUUUUAAAUUCUAUUUUCUUUUAUAACCACACCAAUUUUGUAGACUGUCAGGGAAGUACAUAUAGAGAUAUAUUGAAUAGAGAUACAUAUUUAUAUAUAAAUAUAUUUAUUAUGAUAUAAUUAAUUUGUGUGUAGCAAAAGGUCUCUAGCAUUAACCUUUCACGUGUCCCCCUAUUCAUUAGCUAUUAGUAUAGGUUCACCUGCAUAGUAGCUGUAGGAUCUCAUUUACUUCAAGAACCGCCUUCAAAGAAUAGAUUCCACUAGGUUCCAUGCUAAAGCAGUAGGAUUGCACAAUAGUUCCAGCAGUAAAUGUGCAGCCAUCGAUAUAAACUGAACUCAAUUUUGGAUUCCAGGAACCAGAAUAAUGCUUGCUUUCUGACCUGGUACAUUCAUUUGCUAGGAAGUAGCAGAUUGUAGCUUUGAAAAGAUACACUUGGCCAGUAACAAUGCCAAGGUACAAGGAGACAUUACAAUUAUGCCUCAAGUUCUAAUAAGGGACCGAAUAUGUGCCAAUGCAAAUUCCUCACAUCAUUACAUUACCAAAAUCAGCCUACACUGUUAAUAUGUGCAGAAUUGAUCCAAAUCCUGAUGUAAUUAUUCUCUCUUAUUGAAAAUAAAAUAUAAUGUGUAAUAUAGGCAUUUUCUCUACAUUUGUUUUAUGCAUAUAGAAUAAACACAUUUUUAACACAAA